AUGAAUGCAGAUGGCACACCAAAUCAAAUGGGUACCAUUACUCAUUGCACCUGGAAGAUGAUGAAAAUCGGAGGAAGGAAGACGCUUACUCGCUUCCUCUUGACCGGCAUUGGCAAAGAAAACAUACUUCUCGGCAUGCCGUGGCUUAAACGCCUCAAUCCGAUGAUCAACUGGGAAACCGGUGACUUUUGGUUUGGUAAAGAGGCCAAAUGGCCACCGAAACCCACCGUCGAAGACGCACCAGAUAAAGAAGUUUCGAUUUUCAAGGAAGAUGGACUCCCAGAGCUAAUCGCCACCGAAACUUCCCCUACCUCGUUUGGGCAUUCGGAAUCUAUCAGAGAAAUCAUGACAGAUAACACUGAGCGUGGCGAGUUACCCGCAGUGCGGAAUGAUACCGAACUAGAUGACCUACCAUCAGAAUCCCCUAUGGAUCAGCUCGAUGAUGACGAUCUAGUUAUAUCCUAUAUCGCAGGAGAGCCAGUCAUUGGGAUAUUUGAACCCAUCAGGAAGGAGUCACCUUUGACGAAUGAAGAGACUGAAACCGCAGUCUUCACCAUACGAAGAGGCCCCGCCAUUGGAAGAAUGACACACAAAUUGGCACAACAGGCACACAAAGAAGCAUCAGCUGUAGACAAACCCAAAACCGUCGAGGAGUUGGUCCCCAACUACCUCCACGAUUUGAAGUCCGUCUUUGAAAAGAAAGCAGCUGAACGCUUUCCAGAAACCAGGCCUUGGGACCACGCCAUUGACUUGAAACCCGAUUUUAUUCCACGCGACUGUAAAGUCUAUCCGUUAUCGCUCAAAGAACAAGGAGCGAUGGAUGACUUCCUGGAAGAAAAUCUGCGAAAAGGAUACAUCCGACCGUCGAAAUCUCCCAUGGCUUCACCAUUUUUCUUCGUAGGAAAGAAAGACGGAGCACUACGUCCUUGUCAGGAUUACCGAUACCUGAAUGAAGGGAUGGUGAAGAACGCCUAUCCUCUUCCGCUCAUCUCUGACCUUAUGGAUCAAUUCAAAGGCGCAUCGAUCUUUACGAAAAUGGAUUUACGCUCCGGAUAUAACAAUGUCAGAAUCAAAGAUGGUGACCAAUGGAAGGGUGCAUUUAAGACAAAUCGCGGACUUUUCGAACCUAUGGUCAUGUUCUUUGGACUCUGCAACUCCCCGGCGACUUUCCAAAUGAUGAUGAACGCACUCUUCAAGGACAUGAUCGAUGAGGGAUGGAUAGUCAUUUACAUGGAUGAUAUCCUCAUCUUCUCAAAUGAUUUGGAAGAACAUCACGUUCGAACCCGACGCGUACUCCAACGACUCGAAGACAACGACUUAUUCCUUAAACCGGAAAAGUGUUUCUUUGAUGUUAAAGAAGUCGAAUUCCUAGGCAUGAUCAUUCGAGAAAACUACAUUGGCAUGGACCCUAUCAAACUUAAAGGAAUUGCAGAAUGGCCUGAACCAAGCACGGUAAAAGGUGUUCGCUCUUUCCUAGGGUUUGGAAACUUCUAUCGGAAGUUUAUUGCCAACUUCUCGGAUAUUGCCAAACCAUUGACGAAUCUUACGAGCACUGCCGCUGGAUCUCCACCUUUUGAAUGGACAACAGAAUGUCAGACAGCUUUCGACACGUUAAAACAACGAUUCAGUACCGCCCCAGUACUGUUACUGCCUGACAAGGCAAAACCCUUUAUUGUUGAAUCCGACGCUUCCAAGUUUGCUACGGGUGCAGUUUUACGCCAAGCCGACAUCAAUGGAGACCUCCAUCCUUGUGCCUACAUUUCACAGACACUCAAUCCAGUUGAACGGAACUACGAAAUCUACGACCGCGAACUCCUCGGAAUCAUUCGAGCCCUCGCUGAAUGGUGCCAUUAUCUUGAAGGCUCUCCCCAUCCCGUCGAAGUUCGCAGUGAUCACAAGAACCUCACGUACUUCCGUACAGCUCAGAAGUUAAACCGCCGACAAGCACGAUGGAGUCUCAAAUUAUCACAAUUUGAUCUUCACCUCAUUCAUGUCCCCGGCACUCAGAUGAUCCAAUCUGAUGCACUAUCUCGUCGUAACGGACUCGAUGACAGUGAAAGUGACAAUGAAGAUCGCGUUCUUUUACCCAAUGCACUGUUUGUGCGAUCCAUUUCCCCGACAUUAUUUGACGAAAUCAGGAAUCACGCAGCAAAAGACCUCAUUGUUCACGAAGCCCUCGAAGCGAUUGUACACAAAGGGCCAUUCCCCAUGAAAUCAUCGCUUUCUGACUGGGAAGUUCGCGAUGGUGUCAUCCUCUACAAGGGAAAGAUCUACGUUCCACCAUCCGAAACUCUUCGUCGUGACCUCGUUCGACUACAUCACGACUCCCCUGCCAUGGGUCACCCUGGAAAGUUCAACACUCUUGAACUGUUACGUCGUGAAUUCUGGUGGCCCGGCAUGUAUACAUUUGUCUACAAUUAUGUUGAAGGCUGUGCCGCCUGUCAACAAAUGAAACCGAACACUCAUCCAACGCGUAUUCCUUUGGAACCAAUUCCCGCCGACCCACACGCAUUACCAUUUUCCUGUUGCACCACCGAUUUUAUUACCGACCUUCCCAUUUCCAAUGGUUUUGAUUCAAUUAUGGUCGUAGUAGACCAUGACCUUAUGAAGGGGGUGAUUCUUACGCCCUGCCUCAAAACGAUCACAGCCGAAGGAACAGCCAAGAUUUUUCAUGACAAAGUAUACUCGCGAUUUGGAUUACCCGACCGAAUCAUCUCGGAUAGAGGACCUCAAUACGCAUCCAAGGUCUUCCAAGAGUUAAAUCGACUACUCCAGAUCAGAUCAUCAAUGAGCACAGCUUAUCACCCUCAGACGGACGGAGAAACAGAGCGAGUCAACCAGGAGCUGGAAAUCUAUCUUCGACUCUAUUGCGGAAACAACCCUGAAACAUGGGCCGACCGCCUGCCAGACCUCGAGUUUUGUCAUAACACAAGGGAACACUCAGCACGGAAGAUGAGCCCAUUCCGCAUCAUGAUGGGAUACGAACCACGUGGACUCCCUUCCGUAUUUCCGUCCACGAACAUUCCAUCGGUUGAAUCCAGGCUUGACAUGUUGCAGAAGAUAAGACUAGAAGCACUAGCCAUGCACGAGUUAGCCCGACAACAGAUGGCGGACCGAGUCAGACAAGGAUCGCCGAAGUUUACACUAGGACAGAAGGUCUGGCUAGACUCGAGGAACCUGAAGGUCAAUUAUGCCUCGCACAAGAUAGCACCAAAGCGUGAGGGGCCAUUCGAAAUUGUCGAAGUCAUCGGACCGGCCAACUAUCGUCUCAAACUCCCGAAGACCUGGCGAGUUCAUUCCGUAUUUCACGCCGCCCUUCUAUCUCCUUAUCGCGAAAACGACAUACAUGGUCCGAAUUACAUGAACCCACCACCUGAUGUCGUUGAUAACGAGGAAGAGUACGAAGUCGAAGCCAUCCUGAAUCACAAGACGUACCGAGGUCAUCUGAGGUACUUAGUCAAGUGGAAGGGAUAUUCUUCAGCAGAAAACUCGUGGGAACCUACCCACAAUUUACAGAAUGCCAAGCGAAUCCUCGAUGCAUAUAAAAGGACCAGGGGAAUCCAGUAG